AAGGUCCCUAAUAACCUGCCUGAAUCAGAAUAUGCCCCCUAUCUCAGGCAGUUUAUCAAGAGCUUUGAGAUGAAACAUGGCCCAUUCAGGUCUAGUGCUAGGGCUAGGGCUAAAGUGAUCAUCUUCUGCCGGUCUAAACGGCUAGUGAAUGCCAUAUCUGAUGAGUUGGAGCCUGAGGCAGCCAAAUUCCAGGCUGAUCUAUCAGAUCAGGCUAAGCUAGAUCAGCUAGAUCUAUUUCAAUCUAGCAGAUAUAUCUUAGUGGCUACUGGUGCCAUUGGGGCAGGGUAUGAUUUCCCUGAUGUUGACUUAGUCAUCCAUUUCAUGCCUGGUCAAUAUGAGAUGACUAGUUUCAUGCAGGAAUCUGGUCGCGCAGGUAGAUCACCUGAUCAACCUGGAUGGUCAUAUUGCCUAGUGAAGGCAUUCUGGAUGCAGGCUAGGCCUAAUCAGGAAGGUGAAGCCCUAGAGGUCACCACAUUCCUGAAUUAUCUAGGUGAUCAGGUCUGCAGGCGACGUGUGAUAUCUAGGGUUUUUAAUGCUAGGGCUAUUAAGUCAUGUGACCCUAGCUGGGCCCUCUGUGAUCUAUGUGAGCAUAGGCAAUCAACACUAGGCCUA